UGCAAGAGGAGCGCUGGAAAGACCUCUCGUCCGUCCUCCUACUUCCCUGAGAGAGCUUGGAUGCUGGAAGAAGCCUCUUGGAUAUGGGAUCAUAUCUGGUUUAUCACAGCCUGGGUUUGAUCCUCUGCUGCUCCGUGUUGAGUUCGGUCUACGCACUGGUGGAUGCUGAUGAUGUCAUCACCAAAGAGGAGCAGAUCUUCCUACUGCUAAAAGCCAAGGCGAAGUGCGAGAGACACCUGAAAGCCAAGGUGCCCAAGGUGCAUGAUGGCUUCUGUCUUCCAGAGUGGGAUGGUAUUGUCUGCUGGCCUGAAGGUGUGCCAGGCAAAGUGGUGGCUAUGCCAUGUCCCGAGUACAUCUAUGACUUCAAUCACAAAGGCCAUGCUUAUCGCCGGUGUGACCUGAACGGGAGCUGGGAGCUGGUCCCGGGCAACAACCGCACCUGGGCAAACUACAGUGAAUGUGCCAAGUUCCUCACCAACGAGACGAGGGAAAGGGAGGUCUUUGAUCGCCUCUAUUUGAUUUAUACUGUUGGAUACUCCAUCUCUCUGGGAUCCCUCACAGUUGCUGUCCUUAUCCUGGGAUACUUCAGACGUUUGCACUGCACUAGAAACUACAUCCACAUGCACCUGUUUGUCUCCUUCAUGCUGAGGGCCAUGAGCAUCUUCGUGAAGGACGCGGUCUUGUACUCGGGGUCGGCUUUGGAGGAGAUGGAACGGAUCUCAGAGGAAGACUUGAAAUCCAUCACUGAAGCACCUCCAGCAGAUAAAUCACAGUUUGUGGGCUGUAAAGUAGCGGUCACCUUCUUCCUCUACUUCCUGGCAACCAAUUACUACUGGAUUCUGGUGGAAGGGCUCUAUCUCCACAGCCUCAUCUUCAUGGCAUUUUUCUCAGAGAAGAAGUAUCUUUGGGGAUUCACAUUAUUUGGCUGGGGACUCCCUGCUGUAUUUGUUACAGCGUGGGCCAGCGUGAGGGCCGCUCUAGCCGACACAGAGUGUUGGGACUUGAGUGCUGGCAAUUUAAAGUGGAUUGUUCAGGUGCCCAUCCUGGCAGCUAUCGUGGUAAAUUUUAUUCUUUUUAUCAACAUUAUCAGAGUCCUAGCAACCAAGCUACGAGAGACGAAUGCAGGGAGGUGUGACUCAAGACAACAGUACAGGAAGCUGCUGAAAUCUACCCUCGUCCUUAUGCCUCUGUUCGGCGUUCACUAUAUUGUUUUCAUGGCUAUGCCAUACACAGACGUGUCAGGGAUUCUUUGGCAAGUUCAAAUGCACUAUGAAAUGCUGUUCAACUCUUUCCAGGGAUUUUUUGUUGCCAUCAUAUACUGUUUUUGCAAUGGAGAGGUCCAAGCAGAAAUAAAGAAGUCAUGGAGCAGGUGGACAUUAGCACUUGACUUUAAAAGGAAAGCACGAAGUGGGAGCACAACCUACAGUUAUGGACCAAUGGUUUCCCACACCAGCAUCACAAAUGUAGCCACAAGAGGGGCACUUGCCCUCCAUCUCAAUACGAGACUUAUACCAGGGACCCUCAAUGGACACCGGAAUUUGCCAGGUUAUGUAAAAAAUGGCUCCAUUUCUGAAAACUCCAUGCCUUCUUCUGGACCAGAGCAGUACAACAAAGACGAGGAGUACCUGAAUGGCUCUGGGCUUUACGAUGGAGACAGACCCACAGUACUUGUUGAAGAAGAAAGAGAGACGGUGAUGUAAAGCGAGGAGGAGAACAAAAGAAGCAAAAGGAUGAGAAAGGUUCCUGGAGAGCAUUUAGUGGGCAGAAGAAUAUCGGGCCACACAUCGGAUGCUGAGGGUUUCCAUACAGUUUCUCUGUUCUGUGGAACGAGAGGUUAAGUUAUAUGGGGAAAAAAAAAAAAAAAGGCAAGCCACCAAUGUGGCCAGCUGUCGAUCACAUACAUAUACUCAGUGAUCUACGUCUCUCUGGUGUUAAUGGAGGCAGGGUUAUCCAGACCCACCAGCCUUGCUCCCUGCUGAACAACAGAGAUACUGCGAGUUCGCGAGGGAGGGUUGCAAAGCAGCACGUGGUCCUUGGACCUCUUGGAAAGCGUGGGCGGCCAAGGAGGACAGGAGUCUCACUCAGUAAAGCAAGAGUCUCCCAGGGAGUGUACAGAGCCACCUUCUCGUGAGGGUACAAGCCACCCUGGGCACCAGCCUCUUCAGUUUGGUUUGCUCUUUCCCUGUAAAGUCUGCCUGGUAACACACACAACACUGAUCAAGACCCCUUGGGGGUCGUAGCUUGCCUGAUCUUGCAGACAAGCGCUCAACUUGGACAGCUCGGUACAACCAGUUGCAUGUUCUUCCCUUGGGCAAUCUCACUCUUUGGCAAAAUGCUUCUCUGGGGCGGGUGGGUUUAACAGCUCGUGGCUGCCGGAUGCAGGCAGAAAAAUCUAUCCUACUUUCCCUGACCUGAGUCCCAGUAGCAAGCCAGAAACCAGUGCAAUUUUAGGAUGGAAAAUGUGGUUAUCAGAACGUGUGACAUUUUUUUUUCUUCCAGACGCAGCAGUGGAGAGGGGCCCACCAAGUGGGUUGGGGCAGGGCGAGGGAUUUGCAGAUCUUGGGUACGUGUGCCUGUGCAUGUGUGUGGCUAAAAUCAGCUCAGAGGGUAGUUAACUGAGCCCUCCCUUUUUGUGGAUGCUCAUGGAAAGAGGUUUCAGUCAUUAUUUAAACUUUUAAAUUGCUCCUCAUUCUCUCUGAAUUCCCUGCUUUUCUCUCAUCCAAACCCCCAUGAGGAGAAAGACUCCAUCAAAAGUCUUGUCUGUAUCACCCAGAAGCACAAGCUGCUGGAUACAUCCAGACAAACCUACCUUCGGGAGAUUCAAAGACAAAAUUUGCUGGAUAAAAGCACAGGAAACGUUUGUGGAUGGUUUCUGAAGCAUUUUGAUCUCACUUGGCUGUUACUCAAAUGGAGCGGGAAAGAGAGACUGGGCAAGUUUGAAGUUUCUAUGAUUCUAUAAAGUUUGCAGAAGUCCUUUAAGAUGUAGGUGGGGCCGAUGGGAUAAUCUGCUCUCUAUCCUGAUCUUCCUGAUACAGCUGCUGAGUCACAUCAACCAACACUUCUGAGAUGCAUCCAGUUGAGGGCAAAUUAAGGGCUAACUUCCCCAAAAUUCUGAAGGAGGUCAGGAAGAGCAGUUGGGAUCUGGACUCCGCAUCCCAUAUCUUCUUUAAACAACCUCUCAGGUCAGAGCCUGAUCCAAAGUCCAGUGAAGUCAAGGAAAAAAACCCUUCUCCCUUUGACUUCUCUGAGUUUUGGAUUCAGACCUGGUAGGGGAUGUGGUGUCUGAGACACAGUCCUCUGUCAGGGACUGAAGCACUUCUCCACCAACGGCAGACACACACGAGCAGUUCUUCAAAACAGUAUUUAUUUGUGAUGUUCUUUUCUUGUUUUGCCUCAUUAGAAUAAGUCAAAACUCAUCACAACCAUUUACCACCAAAUGGCAGCUGUUGAAAUGUCAGGUUUUCAAAGAAUACUCUUUCUUUCAUGGUCCCUUAUUAUUGUUGUUGUUGUUAUUCAUAUAACAGUAAUAACAAUAGUGUUAGACAGAACUUAAGUAAUCUUGCGAGAGAAGUCAACCCCAGUGAAAGUUUGGCAUGGAGAAAUACCCAGCUCUGCAGAAAUCUGGGUCAACCCAGCUAUGCUCACUGCUUGCCUUUUCCUCACAGAUGCUGGUGUGGCUUCUGGAGGCAAUCAAAGGGGGCAGAAGUUACUAAAAGUUGGCUGUCAGAGCGUGUACAGCUCUGCUUUAUUUAGCAUCCCUUGUGGCUGAGCCGCCGAUGCGAGAGAAGAGCACUGAAUAUGCUGGCUCUGGCUUUCCACCCUUCCAGAAGUACGUUGUCCUUAAAUCCUGCCAAGUAGAUGCGAUGACCCUCCUGAUGUGCUUGCUCAAAAAAAAAAAUUUCAUAGUAUCAUUUCCCUGCUGGAAAAAAGAAGAAAAAAAAAAAAAAAAAGACCAAAAAAAACCCCCCAUCAGUGACUCACUAUUUGCUUGUGUUUAUUA